CGGGCAGAGGAGCACUCAGUCGCUGUGUUAGCCAUACACUCCCUCACCUAUACACACAUACACACACCACAUAACACACACCCAACACACACCCACACAAACAAACACACUCUUCCCUAUACACGCCUUCACUUCACCUUCCUGCAACCGGUUCACCCCCUCUUCAUUGCGCACAUCCUCCCCGGUAUACAGUCUGACCGGAGGAUGAGUUACCCGGUGGACGCGGUAGGGAGUCCCUUCAGGAGAAUGAUGGAUACUAGGACGACCGGCUACGGCUACAGCCGCUCCAGUGGUGGUGGUGGUGGCACCCCAUCCAGCGGCUUUCGCUCCCAAUCCUGGUCCAGAGCAAGCCCCGGAUCCAACACCAUGACCUCCUCCUCCUACAAGAGGAGCGUGAACAUGCCGGUGUCCAGAGCCUACAGCUCCGCAGACAGCGUUGAUUAUAACAGUCAGACCACCUCUGGCAUGCUGAUGAACGGAGACUACAAGCGCUCGAACGAGAAGGAGCAGCUGCAGGGUCUCAACGACCGCUUCGUGGUUUACAUCGACAAGGUGCACUACCUGGAGACGCAGAACAAGCAGAUCGAGGACGAGAUCCAGGCGCUGCGGCAGAAGCAGGUGUCUCGCUCCCAGCUGGGCGACCUCUACGACCAGGAGCUGCAAGAGCUGCGAUCCAUGCUGGAGCAGAUCCACCACGACAAGACGCAGAUCCAGCUGGACACCGAUCACGUCGACGAGGACAUCCAGAGGCUCAGAGAUCGCUUCGAUGAAGAAGCGCGCAUCCGAGAGGAGACCGAAGCGAUCAUCCGCGUCUUGAAGAAAGACACGAGCGACUCCGAGUUGGCGAAGUCCGAGCUGGAUAAGAAAGUUCAAUCGCUGCAGGACGAGAUCGCGUUCAUCCGCAACAACCACGAGGAGGAGGUGAGCGAGCUCAUCGCGCAGAUCCAGCAGGAAUCGCAGGUGACCGUGGAGAGGAGAGACCUGCAGAAGACGGACAUCACCGGGGCGCUGCGGGAGAUCCGCUGCGAGCUGGAGGGCCACUCCAACCAGAACCUGCAGCAGGUGGAGAACUGGUUCAUGUGCCGCUUCUCCAAGCUCACCGAGGCCGCGGAGCAGAACAAGGACGCGAUCAAGUCCGCCCGAGAUGAGAUCUCAGACUACCGGCGCCAGCUGCAGUCCAAGACGGUGGAGCUGGAGUCCAUCCGCGGGACGAGAGACUCGCUGGAGAGACAGCUGAACGACAUCGAGGACAGACACAACAGCGAUCUGUCCAGCCUGCAGGAGACGAUUCACCAGCUGGAUAAUGAGCUCAAGAGCACCAAAUGGGAGAUGGCUCGUCACCUGCGCGAGUACCAGGACCUGCUCAAUGUCAAGAUGGCCUUGGAUAUCGAGAUUGCUGCAUACAGGAAACUCCUAGAGGGCGAGGAGACCCACUUCAGCACCUAUCCUUAUCGCCAGGCGGUCACCCCCACCAAAAUCUCAAAGUCUAAAUCAGACACUCCCAAGCUCAAGGUGCACCACAAGUUCGUGGAAGAGAUCAUUGAGGAGACGAGGAUGGAGGACGAAGAAAAGUCUGACAUCGACGAGGACCUGGCGGAGAUAGCGCAAGAGCUGUCCGCCACGCUCGCGAGCGGAGCAGAUGAGGGAGAGGAAGAGGAGGGAGAGGGAGAGGGAGAGGGAGAGGAAGCAGAAGGUGAGGGGGAAGAGGGAGAGGGCGGCGAGGAGGAGGAAGUUGUAGCCGCCACUGAGGCCAAAGUCAGCGCCAGUGCGCCCGCUAAGGAGGAAGAAGAGGAGGACGAGGAUGGAAAAGGUGGCGAUGAGGAAGAAGAGGGGGAGGGAGAAGGCGGUGAAGAAGGAGAAAAGGAAGAAGAGGGCGAAGGCGAGGGAGGGGAUGAGGGAGAAAAGGGUGAUGAUGCAGAGGGAGGCGAUGAAGGAGAGGAGGGAGGAGAGGGAGAAGAGGAAGUUGAGGAGACGGUGUUGUGCUCCAAAGCUCCCGAGUCUAAAGCCUCUCCUGACAAAGAGAAGGCCGGAGACAAAGAGGGCAGCGGAGGAGAAGAGGAAGCUGCCGCCGAAGAGGAGGGCGGCGAUCAGGACGAAGAUGCCGGCAGCGACAAAGCAUCCAAAAGUGGAGAAGAGAAAGAGGAGAAAGAGGAUGCGGAUAAAGGCAUAAAGGAAGAUAGCGAAAAAGACGAGAAGAAGGUGAAAGACGAGAAGGCGGACGACAAAUCGGAAGAAGUCGUAGCCAAGACGGAAGCUCCGAAAACAGAAGCUGCAAAGCCGGAGGCCAAGAAGGAAGAGGCUGCCAAACCCGAGGCAUCAAAACCUGAUUCUCCAAAGUCUGAAUCCCCAAAGGUUGGAUCCCCCAAGUCUGAAUCCCCAAAGCUUGGAUCCCCCAAGUCUGAAUCCCCAAAGGUUGGAUCCCCCAAGUCUGAAUCCCCAAAGCUUGGAUCCCCCAAGUCUGAAUCCCCAAAGGUUGGAUCCCCCAAGUCUGAAUCACCUAAACCUGGAUCCCCCAAGUCUGAAUCACCUAAAGCUGGAUCCCCCAAGUCUGAAUCACCUAAAGCUGGAUCCCCCAAGUCUGAAUCACCUAAACCUGGAUCCCCCAAGUCUGAAUCACCUAGACCCGAGAUUCCUAAAUCCUUAUCCCCCAAGCCUGUAUCUCCAAAGUCUGUAUCCCCAAAACCCAGCUCCCCAAAAGCCGAGUCCCCCAAGUCAGAAUCCCCAAAGAAAGACAUCGCCAAGCCUGAGGUCCCUAAAGCUGCUGAGGAGAAAUCAGAGAAAAAGAGCGACUCGACAGAUGACAAGAACGCAGACAAGAAGGAUGUUGCCAUGAAUGGCGAUGUAGACAAGAGCAGCCCAGAAGAGAAAGAGAAGAAGGACGAGGGGAAAGAGGAUGAUGACGUGCUCGCCAACGGCGUGGACGAGAGCCCCGUGAAGGAAGACGGCAGCCAGAAGGUGGUGAUCACCAAAACCGUGGAGACGAUCACCACCGGAGAGGACGGAUCCAAGCACGUCACCAAGUCCGUCACCGUGACCGAGACGGUGAAGGACGAGGUGGAAGAGGUGGUUCAGGAGAAGCUGGUCACCAGCAAGAAGACGGAGAAGCACUCCACCCAGUCCAUCAAGCAGGUGACAGAGGCCGAAUAAAGCAGACGCCAGGCGGCGGUCCAGAGGAGAGGACGCGGAGAUAAGCAAUCAACCCAGAACUAACAUAACAAAGAAAAUCAUACAGCUAGAGCGAUGUAAUAAAGAUAACCACUCUCAAACAUACAAAACAAAAAUCAUAGAGAGAAGCCAAAACUUAAAAAUGCUACAAAUUUCAAAAAUGCAUGUUGAGUGAUAGCUUUAAAACGGGGCUUUGCUGCAGAUGCGGUCAGGAGCGAGCGACUGAGACAUUUUAAUCCUCUUUUUCUUUCUUUCUGCAGUUCACGGGAGGGAGGGAGGGGGGGGGGGGUCUCUGCAUGCUAGCUCAGGAGAGGGGAGGACUUUCCUCUCAUCUGUAUGUAUGGUAGAAAUACACUGUAAAAAGAGUAAAUAUGUAAAAGGAAUAUAUGUAAAGCGGGUGGGAGAGUGAGAGAAAUAUUAUUGAAUUUGAGAGGUUUUUUGAGUAUAAGCAAAAUGGGGGGCGGGUGGUGCUGGUUGUGGUCCUCUACACACUCAGUCCUCCACUGAAGAUGCCUUAUUUGACAUGUUAAGAUACCAACUGAGCCAAAAAGGCAGCAAAUACAACGACGUACAGAGAAGAAAGACACGGGCAGCACUAUGAUAAACACAUGACCAUAUACAUCCAGUAACUGAAGCAGUUAAAGCUUAACGAAACCUGAAGAAACUCUUAGCCUUAAACAUGCUUUUUAUCAGUGUCUGUUAUGUUUACUGAGUGCAACUGAAAAAAACAAAUAACUGUAAAUGCGCAGAUAUCAUGCAUUCUUGUAUGCAUAUAGGAUGGACUUGAAUUUAAAUACAGAAUUAAAUGAGGUGCUACUGUUUGCAAUCCCAUGACUUUACUCAUCAUGAUCGAUUUCCCAGCAGCAUUUGCUCAAUAAAUGUCAUAAUGAAGUAAAAAAACAA